AUGGCAGAAAAUAAGGAACGUACCUUCAUUAUGGUUAAACCCGAUGGCGUCCAACGUGGACUCGUUGGGAAAAUAAUUCAACGUUUCGAAGACAAAGGUUUCAAACUUGUAGCAAUGAAAAUGUUGUGGCCAAACGAAGAUUUAUUAAAGAAACAUUAUUCAGAUUUGGCAUCCAGACCAUUUUUCCCAGGUCUAAUUAAAUACAUGAGUUCGGGACCAGUUGUACCAAUGGUAUGGGAAGGUUUAAAUGCGGUGAAAACUGGCCGUGUUAUGUUAGGAGAAACAAAUCCAAAGGAUUCAGCACCUGGAACAAUUCGUGGUGAUUUUUGUAUUCAAGUUGGACGCAAUAUUAUUCAUGGCUCUGAUUCUGUUGAAUCUGCUAACAAAGAAAUCAAACUGUGGUUUGGGGAAGAGAAGGAAGUUACUGACUGGGCAUCUUGGGCAGAGAAGUGGAUAUAUGAGUAAAAUACAUGAAAUUUUCAAUAAGAAUUUAUUGUAAUAUCUAUUCUUUUAUAUACUUUAGUCUGGGUAUAACAUCGAGAAUUUCUUGUACAUAAAUUUGCUUGAUAAGCAAUAAACCAGAUUCAUACAUACAUAUAUUUGAAUAAUAAAAAUUUUCAGUACAUUAAUAGAAAAAAUAAUAAUACAAUUUAAAUUUGCAGAUUUUACUCUUUAAUUUUCAUAGAAAUUUCAAUAAUAUAUAUAUUUAUAUUUUUAUAUUUGUGCUUUUAAACUUUAUUUUAUACUUUUAGCAUUAUUGUGUUUGAACUUCAUUUAAAUUCAGAAUUAUAA